UUCUUUCCGACUUCUUUACCUGUUGGCGCUACGCUGCAUGCUUCUAAGAUUGCCCUAGCCUGUUGAAAUCUUCAGUUAGUCUGCAGAACACCAGAACACCUGGCGGUAACGAUGGUUGCCGCUACGCGAAGCCGUCGCAAGUUAUCCCACGAAAUAGAUUCGUUAGAGCUUAACGCGAACAAUAAGCUAGUAGUGCCUCUCGCCAAUACUACGCGACAGCACGCUGCGUUAGCAGAGGACUCGUUUUCUGUCAAACCUCGGGCUUCUAACGGGGACAACAGCGAGCCCAGUCCGAGCGAGGGUUCCAAGCCUAGUCCGAGCCUGCCUUCCGAGUCUAGCCCGAGCCUCGCUACGAGGUAUGGGUCACGACUUAAUAGUGCAGAGGCGAGUGGUGAGCAGUCCCUUGGGAUUGACGAUACUCCAAACUCGAAGAGGAGAAACAGCAGGAGUGGGCGAGCGAAGACUGGCGAAGAGGGCGAAAUGGGAGGCAUUCUGGCGAAGGUUUUCGCCAGUGUAGGUAACACUGCUUGCGUUGGUGAUGGCAGCAGCGGCGGAAGCAGGGAGGGGGUGGCGGGAGGGGGCGAGAGAGGGGCUGAGGAGGAAGGAGGGGGAGGAGGAAUGGCGGGUGAUGUUGAUGCAGGGAAUCGAUCUGACGGGGGAGAAGCAGGAAAAGGAAAGCGGAGUGAGAUAGAAGGUCCAGGAGUCGGGGGUGGAAAUUCGCCAGUGCAAGGGCAGGAGACAGGGAAUGCGUUAGUGCGGGACAAUAAUCAAGAGGAGACGAGAGAAGGGGAGGAUCAAGAAGAGGGGGGAAAGCCAGAGGAGGGGAAGAGGUUAGAAGAGGGUAAGAAGAAAGAAGAGGAGAAGAAACAAGGAGAGGGGAAGGGGAAAGAAGAGGAGCCGAGGAAAGGAGAGGAUCAGAGGAAAGGAGAUGAUCAGAGGAAAGGAGAGGAUCAGAGGAAAGGAGAGGAUCAGAGGAAAGGAGAGGGGGAGGAGCAAGCGAAAGGAGGAAGGCAAGGACAAGAGGAGAGGCAAGGUCCGGAGGAGAGGCAAGAGGACGAGGAAUCGCCUGUAUCCUCUAAAGGAAGAGGUAGGGGAACAGGGAAGGGGAAGGGGAGGGGGAGGGGAAGAGGCGGAAGACGAGGUGGGGGUCGCUGUGCGGGCAAGGGGAAGGGUGGCGCGCUAGGGAUGGUGAAGGAGGAUGCGGAGCGAGGGGAUGAGGAAGAAAGGAGAGGGGGCGAGGUAGGAGGUGCAGUAGAAGCAUCCACACCCGCAGCACGAGACACAGCAGAAAAAGACGCAGCAGCAGCAGCUGCAAUAGAUACACCAGCAGCAGCAUUAAACGCACCAGCAGCAGCAGCAGCAGCAGCAUCUGCUCUUACGGAGUCAGUGGAUCCAGGCGAGGACACACAGGUGGAUGCGCUGGGCAUAGUGGCUCGCCUGCUCGGCUCUGACAGCCAGCCGGGCAGCCAGCCGGACAAUGAUGUGCUUGUAAAGGGCGGAGCGCUGGGAGGGAUACUAGGGGGAGUGGCUGGGGGCGUGGGGGGUGAUCGUAACGGGGGUAGUGAGGUAGGGGGUGCGGGAAAGGGGGCACCAAGUUGGGCCAAUUGGCUCAAGCCCGUGGGGAAAGCAGGAGAGAUGGUUACAGAAGGGCCUGCGGUUACCCCUAGUGUGCAGCCGUUACGGGCUGUGCUGAGGGCAGAUGGGGCGGACCCCUAUGCCCUGCCGUACAGAAAGGAGGGAUCAGGAAUGGAAGGCCAAGGGAAGGAGAAGGACGAUGGGCACGAGAGUGGGGAGGGUGCAGGAAAGGAAGAGGAAGGGCUGGGAGUGGGGAAGGACGAGUCAGUCACUGCCAGGAUUGAGGAGACAGGAUCAAAGCUGAGACUGGGAGAAUCGGCACCUAUGGGAAGCGAGGAAGGAGGGCUGAACCCGGGGGUGGGCGAGCCAGCAGGUGAUCGAUUGAGGCUGGGCGAGCCAGCAGGGAGCCAGAUGCCCGAGUCAGAGGAUCUGCCCUUCGAUUCACAGGCGCCCUGGAUGGACUCCCAAGCGCUGGGGAUGGGAUCAGGAGAGCUGGGGGCGGGCAGCCUGGGCGUGCAGGUGAGCCUGGGAGAGGUGCUAACUGCGGACCUGGAGAUGUCGCAGGGUGCGGAGGCAGCAGGAGCAGCAGUGAUUGGGGCAGCAACAGAGGCAGGAGGAGGAACCGAGGCAGGGGAAGAUGCAUUGACAGGGGGAGAGACAGAGACAGGAGGGGAAACAUUGAGUGGGGGAGCAGCAGAGAGAGGGGGAGCAGCAGAGAGAGAGGGAGAAGCAGAGAGAGGGGCAGCAUUAGAUGCGGGGGAAGCCGCAGAGGCAGAAAAGGCAAGAGAGACAGGAGGGGCAGCAGUAGCAAGCAGGAACGCCGCGAAAGCAAGGGCGUCGGCAGCACUAGCAGCCUCCAUUGCGUUUGAGUUCUCCCCUGUGGGCGAAGACACCCAGAUCGCCCUUGAUGCCUUGGACCUGAUUCUCGAGCAGGGGGUAGGCGAGGGGGGAGGACUGGUGGAGGAAGCGAGUGGGAAUGGGAAAGGGAAGGGGACAGCAGCGGUGAGGGGGAAAGGGAGAGGGAAGGGAGGAGGAGGAGUGGAGGGCCUGAAAGGGAAGGGCGCAGCAGGUGGCUUGAAUGUUGCGGCUUCACCAGCAGCAGCAGAAGCAGCUCUAAAAGCACCAGCAGCAGCAAAAGCAGCAGCAGAACUAAAAGCAGAAGCAGAACCAGAAGCAGAAGCAGCACCAAAAGCAGAAGCAGGACCAAAAGAAGCAGCAGAUCCAAGAGCAGCAGCAGAACCAAAAUCAGCAGCAGAACCAAAAGCAGCAGCAGAACCAAAAGCAGCAGCACCACCAAAAGCAGCAGCAGCACCAGAAGCCCGAGCAGCAUCAGAACCCGCAGCAGCACCAGCAGCAACCGCAUCACUAGAAGCACCAGCAGCACCAGCAGCAUCACGAGAAGCACAAGCAUCAUCAAAGGGAGCACCAGCAACAGCACCAGCACCCGCAGCUGCACCAGCAGCAGCACAGGCAGCUGGAGAAGGGGCACCAUCGCUUUCGCCCUUAGAAGCAGUAGGGGCAAAAGCAGCUGUAUCCGUGGCAGCAGCAGCACCGUCUGCAUCAGUGGCAGCAGCAGCCGCAGCAGUUGCAGCAGCUGCAGUGGAGAGACGGGUGGUUGGACGGAUGGCAGAAGUUGGGAGAGGGGCUGGGCUGGUGGGGUUGGAAAGCGCUGUGAUGGAGGUGGAGGAGCAAGAGAAGGGGAGAAACCAUAGUGAGGGAACGGAGAGGUGCAAUGAGGAAAGGCAAGGAAGAUCAGUGCAGAGAGAUGAGGAGGUGGAACGAGGUCAGGCACACACAGAAGGGAUUGCUGCUGCUUCCGCUGCCGCAGGCGCUCACAAAGCGUCUGUCGCUGUCGCUGCUGCUGCUGCUGCUGCUGCUCCUGGUACUGUGGCUUCUGCUCCUUCUCCUGCUCCUGCUCCUGCUCCUGCUCCUGCUCCUUCUCCUGCUCCUUCUCUUUCUCCUGCUACUGCUGUUGCUGCUGCUGCUGUUGCUGCUGCUGCCGCUCCAGCAAAUGGCAUCACUGCUGACGCGGCUGCUGUUAUUGGGAAAGGCAGGCGAGCAAAAGGUAGGGGCAGAAUGGCUCAAGGCCUCGUGGCAUGCAGCUCGAGCAGAGGGAGAAAGGGGAGGGACGGUGAGCUGAUCACGGGGCCUGAAGAGGUGAAUCUGGGAAAGAUGGAAGGGGGAGGAGGGGAGGAGCUGUUGGGGAAGGAGCGGGAGGGGAAGGAGGGGAAGGAGGAGCAGUUGGGGAAGGAGGGAGAGGCCACUGGUAGUGGUGGUAUGAGGGGGAGGAAGGGGAAGAGGGAGAAGGGAAGUUCCCUGGUGGUGCACGAUGGGUUUUAUGAGUUGUUGGAGUCGAGCGGGAGUGAGAAAGGGAGUGAGAGAGGGAGUGAGAGAGAGAGCGAGGGAGCUGGUGAGAAGAGGAUUGAGAGGGGGGAUGAGAAGGAGGUUGAGGGGAAUCGUGAGAGGGGGAACGAGGGGAGAGGUGGAGUGGACGGGGAGGGGGGUGAUGAUGAUGGGGAGGCAGAGGCGCAGAGGCCAAGGAAGAGGCGGAAAGGCGCAGCUGCUGGGGGGAAGCAGACGAGGGGGGAAGGGGAAAAGGGGCAGGGAGGGGGGAAGGGGAAGGAAGGAGAAAAUGGGACGGAAGGGGAGAAGGAGCAACGGGGAGAGGGAAGGCAGGGCGAGAGAGGCAGGUGAGGGGGAAGACCAGGGCGCAAAUCGAGACAAAGGCUGGACGGGGAGCGAGAAAAGAGAGGGAAGGGAGUGGGAACGAUGAGGUGCAGGAGGAUCUUGGAGGAGAUGAG